CCCCCUCACCCUUCAAUACAAUGCAGACUUAGCUCAAUGGUCCAAUGCUCAGGCCCCGCUGUGUUCUGCUGUGCAUCACCUGGCGGUUAUAAGUCCAAGCACCCUCCCUUGCACGCAGCCUGCUUCCAUUUGCCCUUACAUUGGCCUCUCUGUUAGAUUUCUAUAACAUCACUCGAGAACCCAAGCCUUCCUCCUCCUCGUUGUUCACACUUCUUUACGCUAGCUUCCUGUUUUGUGAAAGCUCACCGGCUGGGCACACAUCAUCGCUGCUUGGCUGGAGCCGCCCGUUAACCACCAUGACAGCAAACGCCGAGAAGCAACGCCGUUCCAACUGGAUCACCGCCCACGAAAACAUUUACUACCGCCCGCGCCUCAGCAAGAAGAAGUCGGCCUCGCUGAACGUUGCCCGCUUUCCAACUCCCCUGAUUGGACCUCGGAGAGCUCGUCCGCAAGCCAUCCACAUUGUCAGCUACCCCUCAGGCUAUAUCCCCAGAGAAUUGCGUCCCGAAAACCAGCCGCCAAGUCCCCCGCCCCCGCGUCAAACGCCAUCUCUGCAGCCCGGGAACUAUCGCGACAACCAGAAGCGCAAAGCGGCCAAGGUCAGAGCCCGUCGACGAGCCGAAUCCACUGAGAGCGGUUCUGUGACAUUUCGGCCGCUGGGGAAACUGCUUGGAUCAUUUUCCAGCUCCACGACCAACCUCGCAUCCUCCUCAUCCUCAUCUGCUGUGACCAGCACUGUUACCGCUGCUCGUAUUAGUGCAGCGCCCGCUACUGCUGCACGAUCCGACGCGCCCCCGCCCGCAUUUGGUCGCACGACCUGGGCACCUGCCACUACCGGAUCAACUGGGGAAAGCGCAGCCGGACCCCCGCCUGCCUAUGACGACACUCCACCCGAGUCUCCGACACAUGAUUUAACUUUGACGACCACAGCCACAUCCUCAACGCCUUUCAUCUCAACCAAUUCAGACUCCGAAAUGGCGUCUCGAGUUGUUAAUCCGCCCCUGCCGGGCGGCUUCAUGAUGGCCAGUCCCCAAAGCCUCAUCGGCCGCACCAGUGCGUCAAAAUCUGCCGUCACAUCGUUCGUCGCCGAGGUCCCCAAGCCCGUCGCAUCCGGGAGCGGUGUAUCUUGCUCCAUCCUCCUCGCCGAACAGAACAUUUUCCUCUCUGGCUUCGACCAUGAUGGCAAUCGCCACCGCGACGGCCACGCCGGCACUGCUCUGCUGCGAGGCAAGCUUCAGCUGCGCAUUACCAAGAAUGUCAAGAUCAAGGCUGUCCAGCUCAAGCUGCUUGGCCGUGCCCGCACCGAGUGGCCUGAGGGCAUCCCUCCCUUGAAGCAGGUUGACUACCAGGAGGAGAGUCUGCGCACCCAGGUCCUGACCUUCUUCAACGCCAUGAACGAUGGCUGGGAGACCGAUUACGGGAACCAAUGCACCUACCAACUCAAGGGUGCCUCGAACGAUAAUCCCAACAGCAGCUCCACCAGCAUCGCUACCCGCGCGAACAACUCUAACUCUAUCCAGACGUCGCAUCGCAACCACAUCACUCCGAGGGAAAUGAAGCGCUUGUCGCUUCAGAAUGCCCAGUCGCGUAGCUUCCAGAAGGAUGAGAGCCCGAUCGCCACGGCUACCCAGGCCAAGGGCUACAAGGUCUUCUACCCUGGCGUCUACGACUACUCCUUCGAACUCCCCAUCGACCACCAUCAGCUCGAGACCACCAAGUUGCAGUUCGGAUCCGUGACCUGGGAGCUCCUCGCCACUGUCGAUCGCGCUGGCGCCUUCCGGCCCAACCUGCACGGCAGCAAGGAGUUGUCCAUCGUCCGAGUUCCUGACCAACUCUCGCUCGAAAUGUCGGAGCCCAUCUCCAUUAGCCGACAGUGGGAAGAUCAACUACACUACGAUAUUGUCAUCUCGGGAAAGAGUUUCCCGAUUGGUAGCAAGAUCCCCAUUGCCUUUAAGCUGACGCCCCUGGCCAAGGUCCAGGUGCACAAGCUCAAGGUCUUCGUUACCGAGUCCAUUGAGUACUGGACAAACGACAAGCGUGUCACUAGAAAGGACCCUGGUCGCAAGAUCCUGCUCCUCGAGAAGACGGCUGGCAAGCCCCUCGACGAGGCAUGGGAAGACUCCGACCUGCGCUUCCUCCAAGGUGGAGAGUUGACCCCUGAGCAACGACGCGAAGCCCGCGAGGCUGCGGCCCGGAGACGAGCCUCUGAGGCAGCAAGACGCCACCAAACCGCCCAGCCACUGCCCGAUCCCAGCGAGAACAUGUUGGGAGAUUUGGAUUUGGGACUGGAGCACUUUUGGGGCGCAACCGAGAUCGAAGCCAACGUGCAAAUCCCGACAUGCGAAAUGAUGGCCAAGAACAAGGAUUUGAGGCUUCAUCCUGACUGCAGCUGGAAGAAUGUCAACGUCUACCACUGGAUCAAGGUUGUGAUGCGAAUCAGCCGUAUUGAUCCUGAGGACCCCAGCGGCACCAAGCGCAAGCACUUUGAGAUCAGCAUCGAUUCGCCCUUUACUGUUCUCAACUGCCGAGCUACUCAAGCCAACACUAACCUUCCCGCAUACUCGGGUGCCAUGGGUCCUACGACUGCUUGCCAAUCCAGCUGUGGAUGCCCCGAUGCUAUGAGCAUCCCUACCAACAUCUCGCCUAGCUCUUCUACUGGCACACUUUCUCAUGUGAACCCUGGCAGUGAUGUCCUCCCUGCACCGCCUCAGGUUGCCCACCUGGCCCAUAACGCCACGAACGAGCCGCGACCCAUGCAUUUGUUGAGGGUCCCGAGUUUCAACCCGCCAGCCUUUGAAGACGAUAUCGCGCCACCCGCUCACGAGAAUGACCAGAGUGCUCUCCGUGAGGGGGUCAUGACGCCACCUCCGUGCUACGACCUUGUGGUGGGCACACCGAGUGUAGACGGUCUUGCCGACUACUUUGCCCGCCUGGCGGACUACGACGGCGCCGACUCUGAUUCAGCAUCCGACUCAGACGAGACACCUCCAAGGAUUCUUGAGAGGACUGGACGGGUCAAUGUGGCCCAUCCUAGUACACCAGGCGGCAGGAUGCCCAGCAGGAGUAUGGAGAUCUCCCGCCCGCCCAUCACUCUCGAUAUGGGAGCCAUCACCCGACGCGCCGCAAGGGUCGGGUGAAGCGCUGGCCGCCUGUGUGGAGUGAUGACGAAUCACU